AUGUGCAGCAGGAACUACUUCCAAGCGAGGGAAGGAGAGACACUGAAGGAAAGCGCUGCCGCAGAUGCGAUAUUGGAGGAAGAAUCGAAGGAUAGUUUCUUCACUUUCCCGCAGCAUCAAACUAGUUCCGGACAGCACAUUUCACAAAUCGCUGAAUCAUCUUCUCGAUGGCCAGUGCUGCGAGAAGAGACACCUGCGGGUAAUGAAUGCGUGGAAACGAUAGCCAGCCCGAACCGUCCACCUAGACUGCCUGAAACUAUUGAAUUCCGAACGUCCCCUCAGAAUAAGAAAGCAGGAGGCAGAGGACGAAAACGGUGCCUGAAAAAGGCUUCAGCUCAACGCCAGCAAUACGAGAAGUAUCGAAUGGGAGGAGACAAAGCCCGAAUAAAAUCACCGGCUCAAGAAAAAGCCAAGGAUUUGCUCCUGGAGAGUCUCUUCAUGAUGAUGUAUAUUAGACGAUCCACAACUACAAUUCCAAUUACCAUUUCAAUGCUGCGAACCACCAACCACCCAAUGCUUCUGACAAUGACAUCCUAUCCAUUUCGAGUUUUGUAUUCCAAUCUUGCGUAUCAGAAUACAACCGGUGGCGACGACAUGGUUGGAAGAACACUAUUCGAAUGCUUUGAAUCGAACGAAGAAAUUAUGAAGCCGUCACUCUCUCUUUAUCCCGCCUUUCUGAAACUAUUAUUGGACGGGGGUCGCCCAUGUUCCAUCCACCUGAGGGAGCAUCAGGCGGGUCGCAUCACCACGAUGAAAGACUGUACCAUCAAAGCAGAAAAUGUGUACGCAAUGGGAGAGCAAGUCGAGAAACUUCAUUACUAUGUGAUUCAUUUCGAUGGGGUAAUCUAG